CUCCAACCGGCGCCGCAGCAGCUAGCAAGUUAGUCAGCACCACAGUGUAGUUUCAGUUGACGUGUGGCUUAAAGUGGACAAGAUAAAAAUACAUUAACGCAAAAUCGCUUCUCUCUGCUGGGCUUUCAGAUUAACGCUGCCGAAAAAUCAUGGGUAAAAAUUAUUAUAACAUUCUUGGCAUCAACACUGAAGCCAGUGACGAUGAAAUUAAAAAAGCUUAUAGAAAAAUGGCCUUGAAGUUUCAUCCGGAUAAAAACAAGGAUCCUAACGCCGAGGACAAAUUCAAAGAGAUAGCUGAAGCUUAUGAGGUGCUGAGCGACCCCAAGAAGAGAUCUAUUUACGAUCAAUGUGGAGAAGAAGGUCUGAAAGCUGGAGGAGCUUCGGCCGGUGGCCCUGGUAGCACGUUCCAUUACACGUUCCACGGUGAUCCACAUGCUACCUUUGCUUCCUUCUUUGGUGGAUCAAGUCCUUUUGAUAUUUUCUUUGGUACUCAUGGACGUUCCAAUAGAAUGGCAAAUGGCUUUGUACAUGAAGACAUGGACAUUGAUGACGAUGAUGAUCAUGAUCCUUUCAAUGAAUUUAACCAUUUUGGAUUUAAUGGAAUGAAUGGAUUUAAUCGACGGCAUCCAGACACUCUCCAUACUCGACGGAAAGUGCAGGAUCCUCCAGUAAUUCAUGAACUUAGAGUAUCUCUUGAAGAAAUCUAUCAUGGUUGUACCAAAAGAAUGAAGAUCACACGUAGACGAUUGAACCCAGAUGGCCAAACCACAAGGACUGAGGACAAGAUUCUGAAUGUUGUUAUUAAAAGAGGUUGGAAAGAGGGCACAAAAAUCACAUUCCCUCGGGAGGGUGAUGAAACAGCAACCAACAUCCCAGCUGAUAUAGUUUUUAUUCUGAAAGAUAAACCUCAUCUUCAUUUCAAGAGAGAUGGAUCCAAUGUAGUUUAUGUCGCCAAGAUUACUCUUAGAGAGGCCUUAUGUGGUUGUACAGUUAAUAUCCCUACAAUUGAUGGCAGAGUGAUUCCCCUACCUUGCAAUGAUGUUAUCAAGCCCGGGACUGUGAAGAGGCUGAGAGGAGAGGGUUUACCAUUUCCUAAGACUCCAAAUCAACGUGGUGACUAUAUAGUAGAGUUCCAUAUAAAAUUUCCUGACAAAAUGCCUCCAACAACAAAAGAAAUCCUGAAACAACAUCUACCUGUCUCUUAAAACUCAAAUCAAAGCAAUAUAUUGUGCCAGAAGUUUGAAGAAACAAGCAAGGGUAUUACAUUUUCUAAUAUAAUGCAACAUCUUUCAAAGAAAAUUAUAAAUUCUAUAAAAGCUUUCAGUUCUUUAAUAUGUUAAGCCUUAUGAGCUUAACAAGGGUAAAUGCAAAAUAACUACUGAAUCUGUUGUAGUUAACAAAAAAAUCUUAAUGCAUUCUGAAAUAUUUUUCAGCAGUAUUUUGAGGAUGUGAAGCAGAACUAUAUUUAAAUAUAAUUAAAUGUGUAUGUAUUUGAAAAGUUAUGGUGUGGAGCUAUAUCUCCAAAGUUGGGUUUGACCAGUGCAGAGCAAUUAUUGUAGCAGUUAAACAAUCUGCAUGGUAAACCAGAAAUUUAAUUUGACAGAUGAAGUUUUAAGUGUAUUAUUCUUCAAAAGAAAAGCGAAAUAAUUGUAAACAAAAUAGCAGUAGUAUUUAUGCACAGGUCAACACAGUGCCAUAGAAAGGUGGGAUUUUAUUUGAACCAUGGAAUAACACAUGUGAGUUUACAAAAAAUCACUACCAAGAAACUUUCAAGUUUUGUAAAGCUGUAGAAUAUAUAAAUGUAGCAAUAUUGGUUGUAGUUUUUUUUUAAGUUGCACAAUCAAAUUUGCAUUUAAUCCAAUUUUCUGAAAGCAAUAGAAGCAAUCUGCAUUUUAUAGCUCUCAUUUCAAGCAAGUUUGAUUUGAGAAGCCACAUCUACCUUAAAUACUUUAAUAAUACAAAGGUUAACAGUUAAAAAAUAUAUAUAUAUAUACAGUCCCCUCCAUAAUGUUUGGGACAAAGACCCAUCAUUUAUUUAUUUGCCUCUGUAUUUCACAAUUUGAGAUUUGUAAUAGAAACAAAAUCACAUGUGGUUAAAGUGCACAUUGUCAGAUUUUAAUAAAUGCCAUUUUUAUACAUUUGGGUUUCACCAUGUAGAAAUUACAGCAGUGUUUAUACAUGGUCCCCCCAUUUCAGGGCACCAUAAUGUUGGGACACAGCAAUGUCAUGUAAAUUAAAGUAGUCAUGUUUAGUAUUUUGUUGCAUAUCAUAGAAACAUAGAAACAUAGAAAUUAGGUGCAGGAGUAGGCCAUUCAAUAUGAUCAUGGCUGAUCAUCCAACUCAGUACCCCGUACCUGCCUUCUCUCCAUACCCCCUGAUCCCCUUAGCCAUAAGGGCCGCAUCUAACUCCCUCUUAAAUAUAGCAUGUGCAAAUAUAUGCAAUGACUGCUUCAAGUCUGCGAUUCAUAUACAUCACCAGUUGCUGGAUGUCUUCUCCGGUGAUGCUCUGCCAGGCUUGUAUUGCAACCAUCUUUAGUGUAUGCUUGUUUUAGGGGCUAGUCCUCUUCAGUUUUCUCUUCAGCAUAAAAAAGGCAUGCUCAAUUGGGUUCAGAUCGAGUGAUUGACUUGGCCACUCAAGAAUUGACCAUGUUUUAGCUUUGAAAAACUCCUUUGUUGCUUCAUACUGCUAAAGCAACAAAAGAGUUUUUCAAAGCUAAAAAAUUGUUAAUUCUUGAGUGGCCAAGUCAAUCACUCGAUCUGUUGUCUUGCUGUAGAAUGAACCGGCGGCCAAUGAGUUUUGAGGCAUUUGUUUGAACUUGGGCAAAUAGGAUGUGUCUAGACACUUCAGAAUGCUACUACCAUCAGCAGUUGUAUCGUCAAUGAAGAUAAGUGAGCCAGUACCUUCUUCAGCCAUAACACCCCCACUACCGUGUUUCACAGAUGAGGUGGUAUGCUUUGGAUCUUGGGCAGAUUCUUCUCUCCUCCAUACUUUGCUCUUGCCAUUACUCUGAUACAAGUUAAUCUUCGUCUCAUCUGUCCACAAGACCUUUUUCCAGAACUGUGGUUGCUCUUUUAAGUAUUUCUUGGCAAACUGUAACCCGGCCAUCCUAUUUUUACGGCUAACCAGUAGUUUGCAUCUUGCAGUGUAGCCUCUGUAUUUCUAUUCAUGAAGUCUUCUGCGGACAGUGGUCAUUAACAAAUCCACACCUGACUCCUGGAGAGUGUUUCUGAUCGGUCGGACAGGUGUCAGAAAAUGUAUAAAAAUACCCUUUAAUAAAAUCUGACGAUGUGCACUUUAACCACAUGUAAUUUUUUUCUAUUACAAAUCUGAAAUUGUGGAGUACAGAGGCAAAUAAAUAAACAAUGGGUCUUUGUCUACUCCUGCACCUAUUUUCUAUGUUUGUCCCAAACAUUAUGGAGGGCACUGUAUAUAGUUACUAUUAGUGGUAAUGUACAAACUAAAUGCAUUAUGUCACAUAUAAAAAGUAAGCACCAUCUUGAAGUUGUUUCUGAGUCACAGAGCAAAUAACUUUGUAAACUGAAGUACUCUAACUUUUUAAAUCAAAGCUGGAACUUGCACAUUUGGAAAACUUAGUAAAACUCAGAAAAAUAUUUUUUCUUAGAUGUUUAUCACUUGUCAAGUGUCUUACUUUGUACUUUGCCCAGUUUUGUGUGAAUUCCAAAAUAUGCUGUAAUGUUUUUGUUUCCAGUUUUCUGCCAAUAAUCACUGUAAUCCUUUUCCUGAUA